AUGACUUGUACUGACAGGUCAAAAACCACAUCAGGGAGUGAUUUAAUGCGGUAUAACUUGACGGGGUCUAUAGCGUGGAUUCACGUCGAGCGGCCCCAACCACCACCACUAGCUCAGCCUUCUGCCGCCACCGCAACCACCACAGAAGGACGACGCCUCACCCGAUCGGACCACACCCACCGCCGCCAUCGUGAAGAAUUCAAUCCCUUAACCUCAACUUUCACCAGAAACAUCUCAACGAUACGCAUCGGCCUCCGCCAGCACCACCGGACGAAAUCAAGAAGUUCACAAUUCUCUAUGGAGCAGAAAAAUCCAAGACCAGCAUCCUCCGAAGAAUUCGUCGACACGGGUCCCAAAUUCUCUUUUAUGGCUGUGAGAGAGAGAACUGUGAAGAAAAAAUCCAUGAAAUCUCUAUUCAAAUCAUCGAUAAAAUUCCAUGGACGAUCAGGUUUGGCGUUCGGACCGACAAAGGUGGCAUCUCAGAUUUUUAGCGUCGCGAUGGAUAUCAAAGGGGCUGCAAAAGUCAAAAUUCGGUGCUUUCCGUGGGCUUGGUGCAGUUCGUUUUGUUCUGCGAUGAAAAACAGCACUGGCAUCGCUGAGCAUGCCAAGGUAGGUGAAAACAAUGGUGCACCACUGAAGUCGUAG